AUGAAUCCAUCGGUUCGUGAGUGGAAUAUUCUACUCCAGCGUGCACAGCAAAAGACCUUAAAUCUGCAUUCUUCAAUUCUUUUUCACUGCGCUUGUUUUUCCCCUUUUUUUUGUUCUUUCAUUCUCAUCUGCCUGCUGUUCAUCCCGUCGUCUCAGAUGCCUCGUUCUUUUGAUCCUUCACGGACGGCACUGCUGAAGAAGUCAUUAGCACCGCGAUGUUCGAUCUCGGUCGAUGACAUUCAGUCAAUGGCGAAUUGGAAAGAGAACGCUAGUAGCACGGCAAUCCCAUGGCCCGUGCCACAGUUCUUUUUGGAGGUGCCAAAUAUAAACAAAGGGUCGUCCUCCAAUUCUUUAAGAGCACCUAGCCCGGAUCUAUUUAGGCAUCGAGGAGAACUGGAUAUGUCAGAGAAGUACAAUUACGACCUGAGUAAAGCGCAGCUAAAGGCGAGCAGCAGGACAUCCGCACUUCUUGCGGGUUUUGCUAUGGUCGCACUUGUGGAGCUGCAGUAUGAUCACAGUACACCGCAUUUUCUGCUGAUUAUCCUUGGUGUAGUGACCACCCUUCUGGUUUCUGUUCAUCUACUAGCCCUUAUGAUGUCAACAUGCAUACUGCCAUAUAUGGAAGCUACCGGUUGCACCCAGGACUCACCGCAUAUUCGAUUAAAGUCAGUUCUGUUUUGUCCUUCUUUGUUGAUCAAUUGGAAAAUGCUGCUUGGAUUGCAUGUAACCUUUGCUAAUAAGAAGUUAUCUGAACAAUAGAC